AUGAACCCGCUGUGCUGCAUUGCGCCGGUCUCGAUCGAUCGGGACCAGGCCGACCCCGUCGCGGCGAAGCAGCAGUCCGGUCACUACCAGCUCGGCCUCGACGCCGCGGUUCCGAUUCGGAACGUCAGCUACGGCGGCUACUCGGCGCAGGUCUCGUCGGCGGGGACCGAAUCGGACAGAGCCUCGGCGGCGCAACACCACGACGCGGACGACUCGGCGUUCUGCGAGCCGAGGGAUUCGAAGGUGUUCGGAGGAGGCGGCGGCGUCGCCGGGAUUCUGUACAAGUGGGUGAACUACGGCAAGGGGUGGAGGUCGCGGUGGUUUCUGCUCGAAGACGGCGUGCUUUCGUAUUACAAGGUUCAUGGACCGGACAAGAUUCUGAUGAGUCCGGCGAGAGAGAAAGGCGUGGCGGUGAUCGGAGAGGAGUCGUUGAGGUAUAUGAAGAAGGCUAAUUGGAAUCGGAAUCGGCUUGGUCUGCCGGCGAGGAGGACCUGCAAGCCUUUCGGCAAAGUGCAUUUGAAGGUCUCUUCAAUUCGUGCCAGCAAAUCAGAUGAUAAACGGCUUUCCAUAUUCACAGGAACUAAAACUCUUCACUUGCGUUGUUUAUCUAGAGAGGGCAGAGCUGCAUGGAUCGAGGCAUUGCUGGCUGCUAAAGAUCUUUUCCCCAGAGUGCUGUCGAGCAAUGAUUUGGUGCCGUCAGAAGAUGUAGUUGUUUCAACAGAGAAGUUACGAUUAAGAUUAGCACAGGAGGGAGUUGGUGAGCCAGUGAUUAAAGACUGCGAGUCGAUUAUGCUUUCAGAAGUCUCAGAGCUGCAAAACCAGUUGAAGGCUCUUCAGUGUAAACAUGUCAUGUUGUUAGACACAUUGAGACAAUUGGAGACAGAGAAAAUAGAGCUGGAAACUACAGUAGUAGACGAAACAAAGGAGCGUGACUCGUACUGCGUUCAGGGCAACAGGAGGCAUAGUGAUUUUUACUCUGUCAUGUCAGAGGGCAGUGCAAGUGAUUCUGAAGCAGAAAAUGAAAGUCACGAUGGAGGAGAUGUUGAAACAGAUGAAGAUGAAGGAACAUACUUUGAUACUUACGAUAUUCUGUCUUCAGAUGCUUUAAGAAGUGCCUCUUAUAGGAGUAGAGAAGGUCUGGAUGGCUUGGGAAAUGGUGGUGGAGAUUCUCUCUUUUCUGAUCGAUUGCAUGGAGUUCAGGAGAUCAUGAUAGUUAAAUAUCCAUCUGUGAAAAGGAGAGAUAAUUUGCCAGAACCAAAGGAGAAAGAAAAGCCUAUUGGCUUGUGGUCAAUUAUCAAAGAUAAUAUUGGAAAGGACUUGUCUGGAGUUUGUCUUCCUGUUUAUUUUAAUGAACCACUCUCUUCAUUGCAAAAGUGCUUUGAAGAUCUGGAGUAUUCCUACUUGGUAGAUCGAGCAUUGGAAUGGGGAAAGCAGGGGAAUGACUUGAUGAGAAUUCUCCAUGUUGCAGCUUUUGCUGUAUCUGGUUAUGCGUCAACAGAAGGCCGGCAGUGCAAACCCUUCAAUCCUCUCCUGGGGGAGACCUAUGAGGCUGAUUACCCGGAUAAAGGACUUAGUUUCUUUUCUGAAAAGGUGAGUCAUCAUCCAAUGAUAGUUGCAUGUCACUGUCAAGGAAGAAAUUGGAAAUUUUGGGCAGACUCCAACCUUAAAGGCAAGUUCUGGGGGCGUUCUAUUCAGCUUGAUCCUGUGGGGCUGCUCAACUUGCAGUUUGAGGAUGGCGAAACAUUUCAGUGGAGCAAGGUCACUACUUCGAUAUACAAUAUCAUACUAGGGAAGUUAUAUUGUGACCACUAUGGAACCAUGCGAAUCAAGGGCAGUGGAAAUUACUCAUGUAAGCUAAAGUUCAAGGAGCAGUCUAUCAUAGACCGAAACCCACAUCAGGUUCAUGGAUUUGUUCAAGACAAUAGAACUGGAGAGAAAGUAGCAAUGUUAAUGGGGAAGUGGGAUGAAGCAAUGUACUACGUUCUAGGAGAUCCAACUACAAAACCAAAGGGUUACGAUCCAAUGACAGAGGCUGUGCUGCUCUGGGAAAGGGAAAACUAUGUUACCAAGACAAGAUAUAAUUUCUCUCCUUUCGCAAUAUCCCUGAAUGAGAUGACACCUGGACUAUUGGAGAAAUUGCCUCCAACAGACUCGAGGCUGAGGCCAGAUCAAAGACAUUUGGAAAAUGGUGAAUACGAAUUGGCAAAUGCAGAAAAACUAAGACUUGAACAGCUACAGAGACAGGCGAGGAGGUUGCAAGAGACGGGCUGGCAGCCAAGAUGGUUUCAAAGAGAUCAGGAUGGUUGUUAUAAUUACAUGGGUGGGUAUUGGGAAGCCAGGGAGAAGAACAAUUGGGAUGGAAUUCCUGAUAUUUUUGGCCAGAGUAGUGAUAUCACUGAUAUGCCUUCAACUUCUUUUGAAGAGUAAAGGCAUCUCAAGCUUGUUCUUCCUAUUGUCUCAGUUCCCCUUGGCUUUGAAUUUGAGUUUAAUGUAGGCUGUGCUAUAAGGAAAAAAAAAAAAACCAACUCAAUUCGGUAAUGAUCGUAUUCUUGAACUCGCUUCUGUUGUCUGUUUCAUUAGGCACAUUCUUUCGGCCACCCAAGCUACCUGCUUCCCUUGUACAUGAAUCCGUUGAUUAGUAGUUCCCCUUAGCCAGUGAGCUAGUAAAAUGCCUGGGUCUCUUUCUGGAAGAGAGUACAAUUUGCUUAUUGACGUGAAUUUUGGUCUCUUUUUAGAAUUGUUGACAUUGUUCAUGACCAACUCAAACGAACUCUUUUCUUAUUUUGGUUAUGGAG